GGGUUCGCGUGAGAGAGGUUCUCCGCUCGCGGCGCUUGUCGGCCCGGUUUCAGGGGGAGCUCCCACCACGGUAUGAUCCGGUAGAAGGCCAUUUAUUAAUUUUUUUACUUUGCAAUGCUGAGGCAUUGCCCCAUUCCCCGUUUCUCGUCGGGUGCCCGGAAAAAGAUGCCAAAUGUCGCCUUCGGGAAAGAGAAGGCUUCGUCCAGAGAGCCGCCGGAGAAGCAGCCGCCUGCGGAGCCGCUACCCCCUCAGAAAGUACUCAAGAUGUUUAGCAUCAACAUCAUUGCACAGGGUUUGCCUUUCUGUCGCAGACGGAUGAAGAGAAAGUUGGACCAUGGCCCCGAGGUCCGAUCUUUCCCUUCAGGAAAAAAGCCCUGCAAAGGCCCCGAGUAUCCAAGCCCGACAGGAAUUGUCCCGUGUCCGGCCACACCCACCACAUUUGGCCACAUUAGAACAGCCAAUUGUCAGCAGAGGCGGCGCAUCACCUCCAUCCAGCCGCCGACGGGUUUCCAAGAAUGGCUGCGAACAUUUCAGAGCUGGACCGGCCCGGAGAAGCUGCUGGCGCUGGAUGAGCUGAUUGACAGCUGUGAGCCCACACAAGUCAAGCAUAUGAUGCAGGUGAUCGAGCCGCAGUUUCAGCGAGACUUCAUCUCCCUGCUGCCCAAAGAGCUGGCUUUGUACGUGCUGUCGUUCCUGGAACCGAAGGACCUCCUUCAAGCAGCCCAGACGUGUCGCUACUGGCGCAUCCUGGCAGAAGACAACCUGCUGUGGAGGGAGAAGUGCAGGGAAGAAGGCAUCGACGAGCCUCUGCCCCUCAAGAAGAGGAAAAUCGUCAAGCCUGGCUUCACUCACAGCCCCUGGAAGAGUGCCUACAUCAGGCAGCACCGAAUAGACACCAACUGGAGGAGAGGGGACCUCAAAUCGCCCAAGGUGCUGAAAGGUCACGACGACCAUGUGAUCACCUGCCUCCAGUUUUGUGGCAACCGCAUCGUCAGCGGCUCCGACGACAACACGCUCAAAGUCUGGUCGGCCAUCACAGGAAAGUGUCUGCGCACCUUGGUGGGCCACACGGGCGGCGUGUGGUCGUCCCAGAUGCGGGACAACAUCAUCAUCAGCGGCUCCACCGACCGCACACUCAAGGUCUGGAACGCAGAGACAGGCGAAUGUAUCCACACCCUCUAUGGGCAUACCUCAACAGUGCGCUGCAUGCACCUACACGAGAAAAGGGUGGUGAGCGGGUCCCGCGACGCCACGCUGCGCGUCUGGGACAUCGAGACGGGUCAGUGUUUACACGUCCUCAUGGGCCACGUGGCGGCGGUGCGAUGCGUCCAGUACGACGGGCGGCGGGUGGUCAGCGGUGCCUACGACUUCAUGGUGAAGGUGUGGGACCCCGAGACGGAGACCUGCCUCCACACGCUGCAGGGCCACACCAACCGAGUGUACUCGUUACAGUUUGAUGGGAUCCACGUGGUGAGUGGCUCUCUGGACACGUCUAUAAGGGUCUGGGACGUGGAGACGGGCAACUGCAUCCACACGCUAACGGGGCAUCAGUCCCUCACCAGCGGCAUGGAGCUCAAAGACAACAUCCUGGUCUCGGGCAACGCAGACUCCACCGUCAAGAUCUGGGACAUCAAGACGGGCCAGUGCCUGCAGACGCUGCAGGGCCCCCACAAGCACCAGAGCGCCGUGACGUGCCUGCAGUUCAACAAGAACUUUGUUAUCACCAGCUCGGACGACGGCACGGUCAAACUGUGGGACCUGAAGACGGGCGAGUUCAUCCGAAACCUGGUGACGCUGGAGAGCGGCGGAAGCGGCGGCGUGGUGUGGCGCAUCCGGGCCUCCAACACCAAGCUGGUGUGCGCCGUCGGCAGCCGCAACGGCACGGAGGAGACCAAGCUGCUGGUGCUGGACUUUGACGUGGACAUGAAGUGAGGGGGGGGGGGGGGAGGAGGGGACAGCGAGAGGGGAAGAAACAGAGCGGGGACGGGAGACGAGGCGCCUAGAAACCGGAGAGCCAAAGCCCAGAGAACUCUGCACCAUCCACCACCACCACCACCCGUCCUCCACCCAUCAACUCCCGGGCCCCUUUGGGCUAAAUGUUACUGACGGAGCCACAGACCCUCAACCCCCCCCCCCCUGCCCACCCACCCUCACUCUCUCUGCCACCAGUUAGCGGUGGAGCCGGAGGGGAUCGAGGAAAUGAGGCGGUGGUGGGGGUGGGGGUGGGAGGGGCCUGAGCGAUCUGUCCCGAUUGGCUGGGAGGAAGACGAGAGGAAGAACGGACUGACUGAGAACGACGGAGCUCUUCCGAAGGGACUCUCCGCCCCUUUGUUUUGGGGUCCGCUUUGCACAGAGACUUGGUUUCGCGCAAGCCUGACAUAUUUUGAGAUGUACAGAGAUAUAUUAUUUUUUAACCCCCCCCCCCCCCCCCCCCCUUCCCUCUCCCAUCAACACAAACGCGCACACACACAGAACACAAAGGCCAACCGAGAGACAUUCACUGUAGGAAAAGAUUGCGGCAGGUGGGAGGCGUUUAAAGGUACAUUUCCACACACAGACACACGGUUGCACCUGAGGAGCUGCGAUUGUCAUUCGGCUCCAUUCACGUCACUGUUUCCGUUCUUAUUGUUCUCCACUCGGUUUUCUUUACAAUAUCGCACACAAACACAACUGUGAAUUUCAACAUCUUCUUGGUUCAUCACAUGAAAGGUUUUUUUUUUUUGUUGUUUUUUUGCGGUUGCCAACAGCAACAAAUCCCAGUAUUAAUAACCUGUUUAGGUUUGCUGUCAUUAUGUCACAAGGGUUUUUCCUCCUCUUCUUUAAUUUGAGUUGUUUGUUCUUCCUUCUUUUUCUAAAUACCUGAGUUUAGAGCUCCGUCUCCUCACAAACGUCAGUGCUGUCCAGAGAGUUGCAGUCUAGCCGGGGAGGGGGGGGGGGGGGGGGGCGCA